AUGAUUCGUAAUAAUAGUUCUAGUCAUUCCAAUGGAUUAUUACAAAAUAUUUCUCAAGAAAAGUUAAAAUCUAUUCAGAUCAUCAUUACAGAUAUCGGACCUAAGAAGUACGAAUCUUUAUUGCCGAAACAGAAACUUGAAACUACAAAUAGAAGUGACCAAGAAAUAGUAGAGAGAGUCAAUAGAAACCAGGAAAACUCUACGAUUUCUUCGUCAAGAACAAGAAGUUUAAAAUCUGAAAGUAAAAUUAAAAGAAUAGUGACAGUUGAAAACAAUGCAGGAGAAUUAUCAUCAAGUUUAUCAGUCUAUAUUUACCAGAUAAUGGAGAUCUAA